AAAGUCAAUAGGCAUAUAUAUAUAUUAUUUAUACACAACCCAAAGAUUAUAAGGCAUUUUCGAACCUUCUUUUACAGUCUGUUGCAGCGGGGGGGGGGGGGGGGGGAAUAAUAAUCCGGCGAAUUGACAAAGGACGAGCUGCCCGGAUGCCAUACACAAAAGAAGAAAACAGUCUACCGGUACCUGUUUUGUCUACGGUACUGCACUGCAGCACUAGCAAAUACACUGUGGACAGAAUUUCGUAUGCGUAUACACAGACGGCCAUUUUGAACCUUCUUGUAUUAGAAGCUGGUUUGAUGGCAUUCCUGCGAUAGUCAGGAUAGCGUUUGGACAACUUUACAUUCUUUCCUUUGAACUUAUGAUUCUACCAGAUUUAUGCAAACGUCAUUGAGCUAUACACACAUGUGAGUGAACGCUGCAAGCUUGAACAGUGAUCUAUCACCUUUAUAGACUCUCCGCACGAGAAGUUCAAAACUUCUGCGGGUCCUUAGCCAUUUGUAUUGCUGCUUGAUUCCUUCCUACCAAGCGGACAAUCUGAAUUUAUAAUUCAAAUUCCUUGUGACGCCUCUCUGAGAGGCUUCAUUGUUUAUAGCAGAAUAUAUUAUUUGUAAAGGUCGUUUUAUAUAUUAAUGUAUAUUUGUAUAUUUGCCAAAGAUAAUUUUUUCCCAUUUUGUAUGGGCAAAGUUGAAUGGCACUAACUUGCCUUUUUUUGUGAACCUGUACUACUACAUUUCUGACAAGUUAUCUCAGGAAUUAUCUUAUCUUUAACUGAAAUGUUCGUAUGGACACCUGAUGCAAUUUUCAUUGAUGAUUAUUAAAGAGACGUAAUACAAGGAAAGUCUAAAAUCACCCAUCGAUAAGGGUGGAACUUGGAAGAAUUUGCAAAAAGGGAGAACAAAUACUGUGAAAAAAGACACUGUUUGCCAUGGCAACGGCACCACCACAACUCAACCGCAUGAUGAACAACAAUCACGGGGCAAGGAGCCCGAACAGAGGGCAGAACAACGACUCCAGGAGGGGCGAUGGUCACCAAGGAAAUCACCAAGGGCGGGGAGACAGGAAUGGCCCACAUCACAGAGACGGCCCAGGAGGUUACCACAGAGACGGGCAUUACGGAGGGUACAGGGGAAGCGGGGGCUAUGGCGGGAGACAGUAUUCAAGACAAAAGGAUUUCGAGAGGCCAGCACCAAAAGCAGCUGCACCAGUACCCAAGCCGACACCGAUAGACAUGGAUGAUCCAGACUGGAAAGAAAAAUUAGCAAUCCCAGAAAAGGAUAGAAGAAUUAGAACAACAGACGUCACAAAUACCAAAGGAAAUGAGUUUGAGGAUUAUUGCCUCUCUCGCCCUCUAUUGAUGGGCAUCUUUGAGAAAGGAUGGGAGAAGCCAUCGCCGAUUCAAGAAGAGAGCAUACCGAUCGCCUUGACCGGACGGGACAUCAUGGCUAGGGCCAAGAACGGGACAGGAAAGACUGGUGCUUAUACUAUACCCCUCCUGGAAAAGACAAACCCAGACAACAAUUUCAUUCAAGCUUUAGUCCUAGUACCAACGAGAGAGCUGGCUCUCCAGACCAGUCAGAUCUGUAAGCAGCUAUCAAAGCAUACAGGACACAAUGUCAUGGUCACAACGGGUGGUACUAGUCUCAGAGACGACAUUCUCAGACUCGAAGAUCCUGUACACAUUGUGAUAGCCACUCCUGGGCGUAUCCUGGAUCUUAUGAAGCAAAGCAUUGCCAAGAUGGACAAGUGCAGUGUGAUGGUAUUGGACGAGGCUGACAAGUUACUGUCUAAAGACUUCCAGAACAUGCUCGAUGACAUCAUCAGUUAUCUUCCACAAGACAGACAAAUCAUGCUCUACUCGGCAACCUUCCCAAUCCAAGUAAAAGACUUCAUGGAUCGUUACUUGACGAAAGCAUAUGAAAUCAACCUGAUGCAGGAACUAACCCUGAAGGGUGUCAGUCAGUAUUACGCUUUCGUGGAGGAGAAACAAAAAGUUCACUGCCUUAACACACUCUUCUCCAAGUUACAAAUCAACCAAGCGAUAAUCUUCUGCAAUACGACCCAGCGUGUGGAACUCCUUGCCAAGAAAAUCACGGAGCUUGGUUAUUCCUGUUACUACAUCCACUCUCGCAUGCAGCAGGAGCACCGAAACAGAGUAUUCCACGACUUCCGCAACGGCGCCUGCAGAAACCUUGUCUGCACAGACUUGUUCACCCGCGGUAUCGACAUCCAGUCCGUCAACGUAGUCAUCAACUUUGACUUCCCCCGCGUCUCGGAGACCUACCUCCACCGUAUCGGCCGUUCAGGGCGCUACGGUCACAUGGGUCUAGCAAUCAACAUGAUCACCCACGAUGACAAGGUGUCCAUCUAUGACAUUGAGAAGGAACUAUCCACCAAGAUAAUUCCUUUCCCGUGCAAGGGGAAGGAAGUCGACAAGAGGCUCUACGUUGCAGAGUUCCAGAUGGAGGAGGAACAGCUAGGGGAUGGGUCCGGCUAGACUUCCACAGACGGCCAUUAGCAGUGUUACAGGACUUCGCCCAAUCAAGACACAUUUGAAUUAUAACAGAUAAUGAAAAAUCUCUGAUUUUAUUUUAUUUUUCCUCAAAAGUAAUUGACAGAUGAGAAUACUUCAAAAACGGAAAAGUAUUGCUUGGUUUAUUCUUCAGACAUCAAUAGGAAGAUGGGCUUCAAUUUGAUAGGUAAUGCUUAAAAAGAAAAAAAUUGAGAAAGAAUCUUGAACUACAUCAAAACAAUGAGCAUUUGGGAAUCUUAUUUUUUAUGCCAAGAUGAAAAAAAAUCUUGAUAUUUUGACAGUACACCUUAUUUGAAGAUUUAGAUCAUUAGAGAUUAUUUAAAAAUUUUCUGAUACCUUUUUUUUUUUCUUGAAUUUUUUUCAUUGUGACUUCAUGAGCUGUCUUGGAUGGAUCUUCCUUUUUACAAAAUAUGACAGUGCAAAGAAUUGUAAGUCCUGUUUCACCAAACGCCAUGUCAAGUAGCAAUGUACAGUGAUUAUCAAUAGCUACUGAAAUCCAUCUUUCUGAUUGCUUUGAAGCCAAAAACAGAUGUUAGACAGUGUCUGGGGAUUUUUGUGAAACAGUUCUAUGAUCUCUUCAUGUCAAGGAUACACUCAAUGGUGCUAAAAAUGGACCCGGUAACACAAAGUUUUAUAACUGAUAAUACGAUUGUUUGAAUGAUCGAUUACACGUCGGUGAUCGGUGCAACUCGUCAUAAAAACUAUUCAUGCAAUCGAUCGCCAGGUUUUGUGUUAAUGUUGCCCUGACGGUGUGUUCUGUCUGAGAGCAGAGUUGAGAAGGUACAAGUUAUUUUUGAACGUUUAAGAGAUGCAAAAAAAUUCAUGAAAGAAGAAACAAAGGCGUAGUCUCUCAUUUUAUAUCUUGACUUGUUUUCUUUUCUUUUUCCUUCCAUUAACGAUUCUGAAAAAAACUUAAACUGAUAUGAACCUUGUGCAAUUUUAUAUUUUCUUUUAAUUUUCUUUAAUCACUUGUAUUUAAUUUGUCAAAGAAAUGCAAAAAAAUAAGCGUAUUACGAUGGACUAAAAGACGUGAUGAAAAUGUAUUAUUUUACCACGAGAUAUCUUUUCUAAAAAAAAUGAAUUUACAUGAAAAAAAAGGACCAGAAAACUUGGUCGUGAUGAGAGUGCCUUCUUAGCUCAAAACAAAAAGGAUAAAAGGUGUCACAAAUGUUCGUCUCCUACAGAUAACGGUUGCGCUGUUAAUGUUCUGUUUGGUGAGGUAGAGCAUUUUUAACGAUUGUCAUAUUUUGUUUCUUUUCUGUAUCACUUUGUGCUGUCCUCCCAUACCAUAUGAAACAACCUUGAUAAUUGUCAGAUUUUGAUUGUUUUGGAUCAUUAGAAUGACUUAUUCCAAAGAUGGCAUAGACAAUAUUUUGAAGGUUUUCAUCUCACCGAGUGUAAGUGUGAUAUCUUUUUACUUAUGGGAUUAUUCAAAGUAUUUGCACCUGUUCCGUAAUAGACAAGAGAAAGUUGGUUCGUUUUGAAAACAGAAACAGAGUCGCCAGUCUCGUAUCACCACUCCACUUUACACAUUGCUUGUAGUGAGUGAACCUGGGGAGUGUUUCACAGAACAAAUUUUAGUGACUUUCACUUACAUAAUUGCCCUAAGCCAAUCAGAUGCAAGAAUAUCGGUAGCUUAUAACAUUUAAAAUUAUUGACUUUGUUUCUUGAAGCGUACCCCUUGAUUUGGCUUUUGGAAGGGUGUUAGCUCUAUUUACAAGAUUUCAGAUGUUACGCUUUUACUUUUGGUCGUGGUGAGGAUUCCUCACUCCUGGGGAGCCUUUCAGUAAUGACUCUCACCAUCAAGAGUGUUCUAAGCUACAGAAGUCCUUUCAUCUGUUUGGCUGAGAGCAAGUUAAUAGUGAAAUUCACUAACAAAGCUGUUCAUGAAACACUCCCCAAGCCCCAAGGUGAUCUUCCAAGGACCAUUUCUUGCAAGCAUCAUCAUUAUUCCAAAUUGCUGAACACACCAUUGGAUAGUGUUUUGUAGAAUUAACAUUGUUUCUGUAAUACCUAAGGAGGUAUGAUGCUUUCCAGAAAAAGGCUUGCGGCAGUCUUAACCUAAUCAACAAUGUCAAUGUUGUUUCAUAAUCCCUUGGUUGGUAUCCAAUAUAAACAUGUGAUCUUACUCCGCUCAGAGCCUGGGAGAAUGUGAACAUCUCCUCUUAAAACCAUUUGAAAAAUCAUUUCUUUUUUAGGUCACAGAUCAUAAGGGAAAAUCUAUGUCACAGAAAUUCUUUGAAAGUUUUCCGGAAUCCAGGAAACUGUCUUUGAAAAGUCUUGAAAAUGGGAAUACGAAAAGAAAGCACUGGCUAGGCAUUAAAAUGUUCGGUUUAGAAAAGACAAUACUGGUAUUUAUGGAUUUGAAAAGCAUUGCAGAAGCACAAAAUAUGAAAGUUAAAAAAAAUUGAGAAAUAAAAAUGCAUUUGGUAGGCCAUGGAAUCAAGAUUGCAACUUCUGGUGUAAAAAAGAAAGAGAAUUGUUUAGUUAUGGUAUAUGACUUGACCUUAAGUAUAAAAGUAAUGACAAAAAUUCCCACGAGGCCUGAUAUCCAAGAACUUGUAGCGAAAAAUGGUGUAAAGGGGGAUUUUACUAUCUCUUUGACAUUAUACAAUUUUUUACCCCGUUGCAAUGCUUUCGUUAACAGAUAAUGUGAAUGGGUACAGGAUGUCCAAGCUGCAUCCUUUGUAGUGUUUGUAAUGGGUUUCCCCAGUUCUUCUCAGGCUCUGAGCAGACAUUAUGUUACCUGAUGUAAUCUUGAAUGGUUUAUCCUACAGCACAUCGCACUGCGUUGUACUUGAGAUGUAUGUGUACAGUGCUUUUAUUGUUUACGCUGUGUAUGUGUGAGUGAAGAGCAGGGAGAGAGAGAGAGCGUGAGAGAGAAAGGAGGAGAUAUGUGUGACUAUGACUGAGUGUUUCUGAUGUGGUUUCUUGUGGCUUCAGAGCAAAAAACACAACAAUCAAGGGAGAUCAUAAGAUUUUAUCAAAAAGCAUGUUUAAUUCAAUCAUUUGGCAUUCCUUUUGUUAGAACAGCUGCUGAUUUGAAGGGAAUAAACAGCACUUUGAGGUUGCUGCCACCAGCCCUAUUACAGAUUGAGGAUUGUGCCCAUAUUUCAUGCCAUAAUGAUGAGGACAAACCUAGUGUUUCGGGACUUUCAAUUGGGCAUUUGACAAUGUAAGCAAUGGAGUUAUCAACAUGACAGGAUUGUAAAUUGUACUCUGUCCUCUUUCAAAGAAUAUGUUCUGAUAGGAAUCGUCACGAGGAUGUUAGGGUUUUAAUAUCGUAGUUAAGAUUGGACUGUGCACAUAUUCUUUCCCCUACCAAGAAAAAAAAAUAUGUUAAGAGUGGGGAUUGAGCUGAGAAUAUUAGAAAUGGUUUGAAAAUUGAAAUUACACAAGGUCUAUGCGCAUAUUCUAAAUCCUACAAAGAAAAGCAUUGUUAUAGUAGGAUAUUGUGAAGGAUAUAACUGUUUCUGAAUAUGGAAAUUUUGUAAAGAAUAUGUACACAUUCUAACCUAUGCAACAAAGAAGAAAUGGCAUUCACGUUCCUGGAGGAAAU